AUGCCUACCUAUAACAUUGUGGUCUUCGGGGGUGACCACUGCGGACCUGAAGUUACCGCAGAGGCAUUGAAGGUCCUCGACGUCAUCCACAACAGCAGCGCAGACGUUCAAUUCAACAUCCAGCAGCAAUUGCUCGGUGGCGCCUCCAUUGAUGCCACUGGUGAGCCAUUGACCGACGAAGCGCUUGAAGCUGCCAAAGCUGCAGACGCCGUCAUCCUCGGAGCCAUUGGCGGUCCCAAAUGGGGAACCGGCAAAGUCCGCCCUGAGCAGGGCAUUCUCAAGCUCCGGAAGGAGAUGGGUACCUACGGCAACCUCAGACCAUGCUUCUUCGCCUCUGAGAGCCUGGUAAAGUCAUCGCCUCUCAAGGAGGAAGUCUGCAGAGGCGUCAACUUCAACAUCGUUCGUGAACUCACCGGAGGCAUCUACUUUGGAGAGCGAACCGAAGAUGAUGGCUCGGGAUUUGCCAUGGACACGGAACCCUACUCGCGAAUGGAGAUUGAGAGAGUCACGAGGUUAGCCGCGCACUUGGCUCUUGCGGAAGACCCACCAGCGCCGGUGUGGUCGCUCGACAAGGCCAACGUCAUGGCAACGAGCAGAUUAUGGCGUAAGACUGUCACGGAUGUCAUGGCGAAUGAAUUCCCCCAGCUCAAGAUUGGCCACCAUCUUAUCGAUUCUGCUGCCAUGCUCAUGGUGAAGAACCCUAGAGCGUUGAACGGCAUCAUCGUCACCAGCAACCUAUUCGGCGACAUCAUCAGUGACGAGGCUUCGGUCAUUCCAGGCUCUCUUGGUCUGCUCCCUAGUGCCAGCUUGACUGCCUCGCCGGAUGGCAAGAGCAAGUGCAAUGGCAUCUACGAGCCAAUUCACGGCUCCGCACCGGACAUUAGCGGCAAGGGUAUUGUCAACCCAGUCGCCAUGGUUCUGUCCUUGGGCAUGAUGCUCAAGUACUCCCUCCAGCAGCCCGAGCUUGCCAAGAAGGUUGAUGAGGCCGUGAGGAACACAAUCGAGAAGGGCAUCAACACUGCCGACAUUGGUGGUUCUGCUAAGACCAGUGAGGUCGGCGAUGCCAUUGCGAAAGAACUCGARGCUCUUUUGAAGUAG